AUGCAGGCACGCGCCCUCCCGUCAACCGCCGCGGCUGCGCUUUUCGCCGCGCUUCCGCUGGCUCUCGCGCAUGGAGAUGACCACGGCAUGGACAUGGGCGGCAUGGCCGAGCACGGCGCCAAGGGCAACGCGCCCGUGGCCGUGCAUGAUGCUGUCGGAGACGACGGCUGGCCGAUGAGCUACUUCAGCUAUCCCGAGCACGUUGGCUUGCUGUGGACCUGUGUCGCCCUUACGGUGAUCACUUGGCUACUGGUUGCUCCACCGGUCGUGAUGCUCAGCGCCGCGCGCUCACGCCUCGCGGUGCCCGCCCAAUUCCUCUUCCUCGCCCUGCAGGCGCUCACACUCUUCGUCGGCAUCGCCUACGACGCCAAGACGCCCGUCCUGUACGAGAACGGCGCAUACAGCAAGCUCAGGUGGCCACUGUUCUUCAUCACUGGCAUCUGGACUUUUCUGGGCCUCAUCAACUUCUACGCAGACCGCGCCAAUGCUUCUGGAGAGGUUGGCCAGCCGCUCUCCGCUGCAGCCAUGGCACGGUACUCGCGCCUUCAGCAGGUCUCCUCGGAGCACCCCAGGUUCUCCCACGACUCCGGCCAGGGCACCGAGAGGAACUCGGCUUCCCUCUACGGGCAUUCGCGCUCGCCGAGUGCCGAGUCAGACAACCUUCCUAGUCCUUACCUCGACGACGUUGACGACUUCGAGGAGAAGCCUGGCUUCCAGCAGAACGGCCGGGCCGAUCGUUGGAUCUCGCGCUUCAUCCCCCGUGUCUCUACAGGCCGCUCGCUUCGGCUCGUGCGCUUUUUCUACGUCCUGAUCGAGAGGACCAUCCUCCUUCUCGGCUUCGUUCUCCUUUUGAUGGGCACAGUCACCCUUGGCGGCAUCGCCCGGGGCGACGCCGUCUUCAACAUUUUGGCUCAUUAUGUCAAGGGCGCAAUUUUCUUCUGGUACGGCCUGUUGACUCUGGGCCGCUGGAUGGGAUGCUUCGCCGACUUUGGGUGGGCCUGGAACGUCAAGCCCGGCGAGCAUCUUGUCGGUCGCUGGAAGGCGCGCAUCCCCACCGCCGAGUUCACCGAGUCCUUCGUCAUCUUCCUGUACGGCUCUUCGAACGUCUUUAUGGAGCAUUUGGCAGCUUGGGGCGGCGCCUGGACUGCGCAGGACCUCGAGCACGUUUCCAUUUCCGUCAUGUUCUUCGGCGGCGGUGCUCUCGGUAUGCUCAUCGAGUCCAAGAGGGUUCGCGAACUUCUCAACUCCGCCAUGCUGAGCAGCCGCGACCCCAUCUCGCACUCGGCCGAUGAGAAGUGGGAGCAGCCCAAGACCUACCGCGUUUCCCUGAACCCGAUGCCUGCCAUGGUCAUCCUGCUCCUCGGCAUGAUGAUGGGAUCGCAUCACCAGGCGUCGAUGCUCUCCAGCAUGGUCCACAAGCAGUGGGGCAACAUGUUUGUGGGCUUCGCUUUGGCACGCGCCGCCACCUACCUGCUGCUCUACCUGUCUCCCCCGACCUCCUUCCUCCCCGCGCGCCCGCCGACCGAGAUUGUCUCCUCCUUCUGCCUCGUCGCGGGUGGCAUCACCUUCAUGGUCAGCAACAAGGACACCGUCAGCGCCCUGGAGUCGUUUGACCUGGACGCCAUGUUCACCUUUGUCCUCACCGUCGGCUUGACGGCGCUGAUCUUGGCCUGGACCGUCAUCAACAUCGCGCUCAAGGGCUGGGCCUUCCGCCGUGAGCACGCGUCCUCCUUCCCGAGACAGAGCGCCGGCGCUUCUCUGGCAUGA